GGGGGAAAAAAGUAUCGACGGUUAUCGCCUGUCAAUCAUCCAGGAGCUGAGGGGAGGGAAAGGUCGACGAGAAGGGAGAUUUUUCCCUGUUGAAACAGCACAAGGCUGCUCUCUGGACAACAAUGUGCUGGAGAAGGAACGAAAACGUGUGGGAAAUGUUCAGUUUUGAACCAAAACGAGCCAGUUAAAACAGCCCCGUCGAAGUUGCUGGCUUGGGCGAUUGAGUGUCACCGCGUCGGUUCGUUCGUCCGUUGGAAAACGUAAAGCGAGGAUUAUUCUCACUUCUCAAGGUGUGUAAACAAAAGCGGAGGGUUUUUCACACAUACGGAUAUUGUGUGCGUGUCAACAUACAGAUAUUUUGGGAAUAUUUUUCGUUUAAGACGGUGUUCUUCCCACCGAGAGGAAGGAGCUCAUUCCUAAGAGUUUGGCGUCGCUGUGGAGAAGCUGGAAGCACUGACGGUUUGCUCUAAACUUGUGGCUUCGAGGGGCUGAAGAAAGAGAAGACCAGGGAGAAAAUGAGCGGGGGGGAUGUGGUGUGCUCGGGCUGGCUGAGAAAGUCUCCGCCAGAAAAAAAGUUACGGCGUUAUGCAUGGAAGAAGCGGUGGUUUGUUCUGCGCAGCGGGAGGCUGACAGGAGAUCCGGACGUGCUGGAGUACUACAAGAAUGACCACGUGAAGAAGCCCAUCCGAGUGAUUGACCUGAACCUGUGCGAGCAGGUGGACGCCGGGCUCACCUUCAACAAGAAGGAGCUGGAGCACAGUUUCAUCUUCGACAUCAAGACCAUCGACCGAGUCUUCUACCUGGUGGCUGACACCGAGGAGGAGAUGAACAAGUGGGUUCGCUGCAUCUGCGACAUCUGUGGCUUCAAUCCCACCGACACAGACGACUCGGCAAAGGCAUCUCACCAGGCUGCUGUUAGUGCGGGUCUGGUGGUGGAUGUGCCCCCUCAUGCUGGGAUGGUGGGACCCUCAGUGCUGGCCAGUGUGCCUCCUCCGUACCAGCCUGUCAGUGUUAGACAUCUGGAAUCCUCCUCCAGCCUCGAUGACACCCAGGACUACCUGCUGCUGCUUCACUGCGAGAGCAAGAAACCAGAGGCCAGCAGGGCCCAUGGUGAGUGCUCAAAGUCUACCUCCUCUGAGCCCGACUGCAAUGACAACCUCCCGUCCCACCGCACGCCCACCUCCUCCACGGGCAAGCAUUCUUCGGUUAACGGCUUCUUCUCUUCCCAGCACUUUGGACUGUAUGAUUCCCCUCCCUCGCGGGGGGCCAGUCUAUCUGCUGAUGCUCAGGGCCUGUACCACCUGCCCCGUAGCUACUCACAGGACACUGUGCUUCUGCCCAAGUCUGCGUCUUCACCCCCUGUACCUGACACGGAUCCGGGUGAGCUCUAUGUUUAUAACACGCCUGCCCGAAAGCCCUCCUUUGAAGCCCAGCUCAGGAACCUGUCCGUCAGUUACGAUAUCCCGCCCACACCUGGCAGCAACUGCACCUAUCAGGUACCUCGCACGGCGGUGGCAGAAGCUGUUGUCCCGGCUUCAGACGUAGUGCCUCCUCCUCGCCCACCUAAGCCCUCGCUGGGUGCAACAGCAAUACCGCCUGAUCGGUCGCCCACAGAUACAUACUCUGUGCCGAGGUCAGUGUCAGAGACGGACACUAACUACUGUGUGCCUUCUGGGGCAGGAGGAAACAAAGCUCUGAGGAGCAACACCAUCGGCACUGUGGAUUCCUCUCGCCUCCGAAAAGAUUAUGGAUCCUCUCAAGACUGCUAUGAUAUACCCAGAUCUUUCCCUUCAGACAGAAACUGCUCCUUUGAGUUCAAUGAAAAUUUCAACAACUAUUUUAAAAAUAAAGGUAUGCUACCUGUGGGGAGCGCCUCAACAGAGGACAUGGAUGAGAACUAUGUUCCUAUGAGUGCCAACUCCCCAUCACACCAGCGUUCAGGCAGCCUGUCCGAGCCAAUUCAGGAGCCCAACUAUGUUCCCAUGACUCCAGGCACAGUUGAGUUCCCCUCCCUUGGAAAGCAGGUGCCCCCUCCUGCCCACAUGGGCUUUCGCUCCAGCCCCAAAACCCCCCCACGCAGACCUAUGCUUAUCACUGACUGCCAACCACCCCCAGUCGACCGUAACCUCAAACCCGAUCGCAAAGGUCAGAGUCCUAAAAUAAUCAGAGCUAAUCGGGCUGUCGGUCUUGAGCGAACCGACUCUCAAACCGUAGGUGAAUUCCGAGGACGUCGUAAGGCCAAACCAGCCCCUUUGGACAUCAAACCACUUCCUGAGUGUGAGGAGUUUACUACACCAGUCCGUUCACCCGUCACCAGGUCCUUCACCAGGGACCCCUCCAGGUUCCCCAUGCCUCCCAGGCCACCGUCGGUGCAUAGCACUGGCUCCAGCACCGACUCCGAGGACUGUGAUGAGAAUUAUGUCCCCAUGCAGGACACUAAGAAAUCUACAGAUGAACCAAAGCUGGGACCGCCCAUGAAUGCAGAUGGAGGUGGCAGUCCCAUGGUAAAGCCCAAAGGAGACAAGCAGGUGGAGUAUCUGGACUUGGACCUGGACCCUGGCAAAUCCACUCCUCCUCGUAAGAAGAAAAGCAACGGGGCUGGUGUGGCAGUGUCUGACGAGCGGGUGGACUAUGUAGUGGUGGACCAGCAGCGCACUCAGGCUCUGAAGAGCACCAGAGAGGCCUGGAGCGAUGGCCGCCAGUCCACUGAAAAUGACACUCCUUCCAAAGGGCCCAAGUGACCCACUUGCACCCCGUUCCCUCUCCCUUCUCCUCCAGGAUCUUCACCAGGCUUGGGAUCGGAGUGCCCCACACGCGGGUGUGGAUGCCACACCUCCAUCUCUUCCUUCAGCCCAGGCCCCUAUGUUUGAUCUAGAUUAUACUGUGAGAGAGACCCCGGUUCAUCGACUGGUUUACACUGCCACCUGGCUGAGGGAAAGGCAACUGCAUGGAGGAGAGUUGUCUUUGAAAGUGCCGUGUAUAAGCUGAGAGACGAUUAGAGUUGGACCUAUUGUGCUGUGUGUCAGGGCUGAAGGAACUUACUAAACCUCGCUGGCUGAGAGCCCUGUGAAAACUGUGCUAACAUAGCAGUGAGAAACUUUCAUUUGUAUCAAGUGGACACUCGCUGCCUCCCCUAGUCAUUAGGAUCCCCCCCGCCCCUUUUUGGUAAUUUUCACCCUGAGUUUUGUCACCACUCUUGUGUUUAUAUUGGCUCAUGGAGUGAUGCGUUAACUGGUUGUUUGACUGACAUCGCUGGGUUUACCACCUAACAACUCACACUUCUGUACACUUAUUAGAUUUCACAGAACUGCCAUGAUGGGGUCAUUAGAAUGCUCUGUAUCAGCAGGAUGCAUUCUAUUUUGUUCAUUUCCAAGAUAAUCUGAAACUUUGGUACAUCCUGGUUUCUAUAUUUUAUUUCUGGUCUUCUGGUGGUUAUCACUUGUAAACCCACUAGCGCAAUCAAAAGGUUUCGAGUGCAACGGAGAGAGAAUUUUACCAAGAAUUUUUGCAAGUAAGAAUGCAAAACUCUGUAUAGUGUUAUGUAUAUUAAAGAAAGUGUCCUUUGUUUGUAUUGAAUAUGUGAGAUGUAAAGGCUUUGGUGUGACCUCUGCAGGAUGGAAGUCUGCACCCUCAGAGUAUCAGGAACUACGAAAUGAUCUAAGUGAUGAAAUCAGGAACUGUGAUAGCUAUUAAGAGUGAGUGAAGUCUCACUGUUUUUAUUUUUUUUUUCUUCAGUGCAAGGUAUCAGAACAAGACAAGCAUAGACGUCAGGUACUCACCGAAGUGAUUAACGCAGCAGUUCCUUUAUAAUUUAUUCCUGUUUUUUUUUCCUUCACCUACACACAAUGAAAUUUGGUCUUGCGAUUCAUGUUCUCAGUAGGUUUUUAACAGCUCAAGAUUAGUUAGGAUAAAUGUUUUCAGCUUUUUUGCUGUAUAUGAUGCCUUCUUGGAAAAAAAAGAAAAGCCAGUCAGUUAGUUUUCAGGAGUUGUACAUUGAUUCUUCAUUCCUUUUGUGACUGGUCUUUUGAUAUAUUUUUUUGCCACUUUGAUAAUGAUAAUUUAUUUCAGAUGGACGUUUCAUAGUUUCUGGAGAUUAACUGCCUUAUCAUUACAACUUUUACUAUUUGAACGUUGUACAUAUGAUCAGCUGUGUAAUUGUAGCUAAAGUUAGAGACUAUAUAGACUUUCACUGCGUGUGUAAGAAAAAGCUUCACUAACUACCAACUUCUUAAGCCAAGGAGACACACAGAUGUGUGACGCAGCACCGUCAGUGGCUUUCGCUGUAUAGACCUGCACAAACUUUGAAGCCUGUUCUCUUUAUUCAGAUCUUUAACUAUACUGUCUUCUUUCUGUUUAGCCUUUUUCUUUACAAGAGCGUUGUGUGGCAAAGUAAACCUCAGAUUUUUGUGCUUUAUAUCUUUUUUUAAUGAAUCAGAAAGAAAUGUACAUUUUAAAAUAAACUCAAUAAAAAAACUGACAUGCA